AUGGACAGGCCCACCAGGGCAAGCCCUGCAGAGCAGGUGGGGCGCGGCGAGGUGGCUCUGCGGGCCUGGGACCGGGCUGACGUCGCCACAGAAGGAAUCUCGGAACUACACACGCCAACACUUCAGAGCGCCUACAGCCGCCUGCAGAUAAGAGGUGUAGAUAUGGCUAUUUUCCUGUGUUCCGUUCAGUAUCUAGAGACGGAUUUACUAUCUAUGAUUCUCUACCAAGGGCAGGACCGUCCAGGACCUGCACUUUUUCAGAACAGCUCAGUCUUCAAUUUUAAAUUGCCUUUCAAUUCAACGGACGUGUUCGUAUGGUGGUUCUAUAUUCAUGCGCAGCAGAUGGCGCUGUUCCUGUGGCAGCACGGCGAGGAAGCGCUGGCCCGGCUACAGUGGCCUGUACUUCUUGGACCGGUCCGCUUCAACAUGAGGAAAAACUCCUGUGGAAAGAUAAUUCUGAGUCUUCUUCUGCCGCCUGCCAUCUUGCUACUGGAGUUCAAAAGCAAAGCUGAAAUGUGCCACGUACCACAGUCCCAGGAGGCAAUGCCGUUCGGGCUUGAGUCUGUGAAGUCAGCACCAGCCCAUGAGGGAGCUGAUGUCACGGACGCUCAGGAUGCAGAGCGGGGCCUGCCGUUCCAUAAAAACUGUUUGGGUCCUGUGUCAGAAACGUUCUCCUCUAUCACUGUGCACUGUCUGUCCUGGAUCAAAAGAGUCUAUGAGUUCUACACGGCUCCUGUUGUCAAGUUCUGGUUUCACACAAUGUCCUACUUGACCUUCCUGAUGUUAUUUUCCUACGUGGUCCUGGUGAAGAUGGGGGAUCAGCCCAGUGUUCAGGAGUGGCUGGUCAUAGCGUACAUCUUGUCCACUGCAGUGGAGAAAACCAGAGAGGUCCUAAUGUCGGAGCCGAGGAAGCUGAGCCAGAAGCUGAAGGUCUGGUUCUCUGAGUACUGGAACAUAUCAGAUUUUAUUGCCAUCCUCCUCUUCAUGGCUGGAUUGGCGCUGCGUUGGCAUGCUAAUCCGUACCGGACGGCAGGACGCAUCAGUUACUGUCUGGACAUCAUCUUCUGGUUCAUCAGGGUGACGGACCUGUUGGCUGUCAACCAGCAUGCUGGGCCUUACCUCACCAUGAUCACUAAGAUGACCAGAAACAUGUUCUUCAUAGUGGUGAUGAUGGCGAUAGUGCUGCUGAGCUUCGGGGUGUCCAGAAAGGCCAUCCUGUCGCCAAAUGAAGAGCUGUCCUGGACCCUCGCUCGAGACGUCGUCUUCCAGCCCUACUUUAUGAUCUACGGAGAGGUCUACGCAUCGGAGAUAGAUCCUUGUGAUGACGGUCUUCCAUGUCCUCCUGCUUCCUUUCUCACGCCGUUCCUUCAGGCGGUCUAUAUGUUCUUCCAGUACAUCAUCAUGGUCAACAUUCUCGUUGCAUUUUUUAACAACAUCUACUUUGAGAUGGCAUCAACGUCCAAUAAGCUGUGGAAGUACAACCGUUAUCGCUACAUAAUGACCUAUCAGGACAGGCCAUGGCUGCCUCCACCUCUUAUCCUCCUCAGUCACAUGAUCUCAGGUUUGAGAGCCGUCUACAGGAAAUUGAGAGGAGACCCUGAACGAGAGGAAAGUGGCUCUGGACUGAAGCUCUCCCUGGGCGACGAGGAUCGUAAGAAACUCCAUGAGUUUGAGGAGAAAUGUAUAACGGCUCACUUCCAUGAGAAGAGUGAAUGUCUCCACAGCAGUCAAAUUAACAGGAUCAGAGCCACAGCUGAGAGGUGUGAUUGA